ACUUGGAACGAUGAAGCGUUGGUUCGCGCUCCUAAUCGCCGGCGUUUCUUUUUCGACUUUACUUUGCUCGACGCCCGGCUGCCGUUGCGUACCGGGACGUUGGAGCGCGACCGUUUCUUCCACUUCUUACCAAUUUGAUUUGGAACAUGGACGUUCGGCGUCUGGAGGAAAUUCGAUGGACGUAUAUUAUGACUUCGAGGGAAGGAGAAUGGCCAUAAUUUACAAGGGGAGGAGUAGAGCAGUUUUGGAUUUUGGCAAGGGUAUGGCCUACUCGAUAUCAAGCCGGGGCUGCCGAGGACACGGAACUCGGCAAAAAGAGAGGGCAAUGUGUGUUCCAAAGGAAGCCGAGUACUUGGGUAAAGAGACGCUUGUCGGAAACGUUGAGAUAGACUUGUGGAAGUUUCCGGGUGUUAACUCAACCGUUAGAUCAGCUGUGAACAGGGAAAACUGCGUUCCGGUUUUCGAGGAGAUCUUUUACAAGACCAAAGGAUAUGCCGAAGUUGAAUCGAUUAAGUACACGAAUCUGAGCGUGCAGACGAUCGACGAGAACGUUUUCAAACUUCCUGACGAUUGUUCCUAUUUCCCUCCUCGUUUCGGAUCGUCGAAACGCUAUGAUCCAUCUUACUGA